AUGGUUCGCUCUAUCCUCUUGUCAGUGUCGGCUGCCUUGCUGCUCGCCGCUGCCUCAACCACCGCUAUGGCAGCUACCACCCACUGGGAGUUUGUCGACGCCAACCAGCCCCAGACAAAAGAGUUCCAGCCCGCCUGUGGAAAGCAGCUCCGCGGUGUCUACGAAGACCUCUCCAUCUACGCCGUCCCUGAGGAAUGCAUCAUCAAGUCGAGCAUGCUCCCCGCUGAGCACAUGUACUCUCAGCUCAUUGUCCUCGAACGACAGCACCUUGAGGGCGACACCCCCCAGGACAUUCUUGACUGGAACAACAGUGUUCAGGAGGCUGUUGCCGACUUUGCGACUGACGACUUGGUUGAGGAGAGCACCGGCAACCAGUUGCCUUACUCCAUCUUCCGUGGCCGUCGCAAGUUCUGCCGCUUCACGACUGUGGACUUGCCCGACACCCAGCCCAAGUACCGUGUCUUGAUCGGAUCCAAUUGCGCUGCUUCAGAGGUCCCCGACCUCAUUGACGUCUUGCCCUCCAACACCGAGAUCCUCCCCGUCCGCACUGAAGGGUUUGUGACUCCCCUUGCAGGUCUCCCCUCUGACCACCCUAUUGUUCUCAAGAGCAAGAACUUGAAGCAUCGCAAGUCGCUCCAGGCGGUUGUUGACCAGGUUGAUGUCAAGACCUUGGAGCAGGAUGUCACCUGGUUGUCGGGUGAAGCUACCGGUAGUCCCUUCAUUACUCGCAGUUCGACCUCCAAGCAGAGUCAUGAGGUUGCAGCGUGGCUCAAGUCGCAGUUCGAGAGCUAUGGAUGCGACACUGUCGAGCUGAUGAGCUACCAGUCCCGCUUUGGACCCAACGUCAUCUGCACCUUCAAGGGAACUGAGUACCCCGAUGAGCAUGUCAUUCUGGGCGCACAUCACGACAGCCGCGGCUCGUUCUUGAACCCACGUGCCCCCGGUGCUGAUGAUGAUGGUUCAGGCACGUCUAUGCUUCUCCAGGUGGCCCGUAUCAUCAAGGCCAACAACCUGACCUUUGGUCGCACCUUUGUCAUCUCCGCAUUCUCAGGAGAAGAACAAGGAUUGUUCGGCUCUGCAGCGUUGGCCAAGAAGUUGAAGAGUCAAGGAACGACCAUUACCAUGAUGGUUCAAGGAGAUAUGUUGGCUUACAGAAAGCCUGGCGAGCCUAUUCAAGUUGCUUUCCCUGCUCGUUACCAUACCGCUGAGUUGAGCUCAUUGUUGCACAAUGUGACCGAGCUGUAUGUCCCUGAGGCUGUUGUUGGUAUCACUGGUGCCUGCUGCUCUGACCACCAGUCAUUCUGGGAGGCAGGAUACCCAGCAACGGCAUUCUUUGAGCGCAACGGACCUAUUGCCGACCCCAAGUACCACAACUCGGGCGAUCUUGUCUACCGCGAGGGCUAUGACUUUGCCCAGCUCCGUGCGUCGACCCAGGCAAUGUUGGCCUCUGCCUUUGAGGUUGCUGAGGCGAAAUUGAAGUAA